CAAUUGUUGUGUCGCCUAUAAUAAAAGCGCAAAGUGCAUUGGUAGGACUAAAACAUCUUCUUUGUCUUGUAGAUCUUUUUUCUCCUUCGAAGUGUAAGGUGCAAAAUCUCGCAGCCCUCAGCCGUCUCAAGCAAGUUAUCUUGAGGUGUUGAUCAAUAUGCAUCAAAAUCUGCCGAUCUCUUUUCUUUUCUUACUGUCUGCAUUUGAUCCCUCAUCCGCGUUGCCAUUUUUCACAAAAAGACAACCAACGGAAUCAUUGGUCGCUCGUGCUACAUAUUCUAUCGUACCGAUUGAUGGAGGUUCAGGUUCAACAGACACUGUUAUCGAGACCUCUCCACCAGUCACGGAUACAAUAAUAGUUACUGCUGAUCCCGCAACACAAACGGUCUCUACUACGGUUUCUGUCAUUAACAUACAACCUACAACUGACGUUGUGACGACUACUGUCACUGAAGAUAAUAACACUUCGACUUCAACAUUAGCUUACCCAACUUCAAAGCCAAGCAUAACACCAACAUCAUCCACCACAACCACGAUUUCAUCAACCACAUCAACUACGUCGUCAAGUACGGUAGCUACAUCUACUCAGCUACCAACGGAAACUUUGCCACAACCAACGACAUCCACUAUCGCUUCCUCUAGUGCUUGGACUACAUAUGUACCUACGUCAAGCUGGAGCUGGAGUUCCACCACAUCCUACGAUAACGGCGCAUGGCACACAACCUACCCCGCCUGGAACGGUACCAUGAGCCACCGUGUUGCGCGCCAAAAUUGAGAUGACUUACACUUGCACCAACCGUACAGCUGUUGCAUUGGAGUUUUGAAUUGUAUGAAUUAUAUGCGGUAUAUAUACAGAAUGUGUAAGGAGAGACCAGAUGAGGAAAUGAAAUACGAGGAAUAAUGUAAUGUUUGGAAACCGGCUGGAUAUAGGGAACGGAAAGGAGUAUAGGAAGGAAUUCACGCGCCCCAAGCGCUGGAACGCGUGGACUUGACACUACAUAUAGGGUUGGGAAGAUGUCAAACGCAGCAAUGAAGCUGUCACUCAAAGAAUUGUUAUCUUAAUGUAGAGUGGAUUUACCAUGUAAAUAGCAGAAGUUUUAAAAUAUUUUAACCUACUUUAUCGUUCGCAUCCGUCGGUCAUAAGCCAUUUCCUAAACA